UAGUCUUACGUGGUUGACUGAAUAUCAAAUAUCUGUGAUUUCUUUGAUUUUGAAUGUCCUUGACUUAAUUUUCGAGUUAACCAAUGAACUACUGACAAAUUUUACCAGUGUUUACAAGGAAAGGAACUGUCAGUUCAGUGUCAGUAGACAUUUCAGUAACCAAUAAGUGACUCUGACUCUGACUGACUAAACUUUAAACUUAGGUUUGUGGUGUGGUGACCGAUGUCAAAAUUUGAGUUUUCUUUAGAAGUGACGGGCUAUUACUCCUCAUUAAAUAAUUCGCAAAAACCCGACUCUUAGGCUUUGAACAAUUUUAUCUUCAACACAUCGUAGUGUUUGUGUUCCCCUUAAUAUGAGAAAUUUUCAAAAUAGUUGUUCCUACAGGAUUUAUUAUUGCAUUGGUUUUUUGUUUUGUCUGCUAUCAAUAAACAAUGUUUAUGGAAAAGCUGGUGAAUUUGUGACCAUCGGUUCUGUUCUGAAGCUCCUCAAUACUGACUACAAGGUCAGACUGCACUCGCACGAUGUGAAGUACGGAACUGGUAGUGGGCAGCAGUCAGUCACUGGAACUGAAUCUCAAGAAGAUGUCAAUUCUCAUUGGGUCAUUCGAGGUGAAACCAAGAAGCUAGUGUCUCGAGGUGACCCUGUGAAAUGUGGAAGUGUUGUUCGGUUAACACAUUUAGCUACAAACAAGAAUCUGCACUCUCAUCACUUCUCCUCCCCCUUGUCGGGUAACCAAGAAGUCUCGGCGUAUGGCACUGACGGUGAUGGUGACACUGGUGACCAUUGGAUUGUCAUUUGUGACGGGGAUUUUUGGGAGAGAGAUGAGAAAGUAAUGCUCAAACAUGUUGAUACAGAUGUGUAUCUGUCUGUGACUAGCAACACUUACGGACGGCCAAUCAACGGACAGUACGAGAUCGUAGGAGUCCAAUGGCCGAACUCUAACCCUGUGCAUUGGAAAGCUUUGGAAGGACUGUUCAUCCAUCCUUCGGACUUCAAUCCUAAGAAACAAGUCCACAUUGAACAUACGGAACUGUAAUUUAGAUCUGUAACCCUGCAAUCUAUUUAUUGUGGAUACCAAAGUGCACGGUGCAAGCGUUAAAGUGAUGUACCUACAGGUAAAAUUGUGAUAUGUUUCAAUAGUGAAUGACAUUACCAGUAGAAUGAGAACGUUUUGUAUCUAGAACAGGUGGGAUAAUGAUUACAAGCUGUGUAUUAUUUUCAUGACUAACUUAUAUCAACUUUUAAAACGGUUGCAAUACAACUGUUUUUUUUUUUUAUCGAGCUACAGUAAAUUUAAUAUUGAGUAAAAAACUGUAAUAAAUGUAGUUUGAUUUUCGUAGGAGGAUAAAUUCUCCACUCUCAAGAAUGGCUAUAUUAUUUUUGUUUAAUUCCUGGUAAUUUUAAUCUUACCUUAUAAUGGUCAUCGUCUAAAUUGAGACCGCCUAAAAUAUUUCACUUGUUCAUUUACUGUACUGAAAUAUCAAAGUUGAAAAUUUAAAAUAUCAAUAUAGAAUAGGCAUGACAUUCCUUUUAAAGCUGAACUUGAAAGCAGUUAUAAGUCUGGGUUCUUUUUUUGUGUGUAAUAUGUGUUUUUGUUGAUUCUUUAAAUGUAAAUACACUAUAAAUAUUUUAA